UCUUUUGAUUUUCGAUUGCGACUGUUAAAUUUCACCAUUUCCUCAGGCGACAAGUGUUCCCUUUUGUUUUUCUAUUUGUCUAUGCUUUCUGCGUGUGACUCAUUGCCAAAACAAAGCUUGCUUCUGUGAUCAUCGUGUCUUCAAUGAGAUAAACCUUGGCUUUCACGAAUUUCAUCGAGAAAUAUUUUUUGUUGAUCGUUACUUCCAGAAGGAAUCAGAAGAGGACUCAUUGAGUUCUUAAGCUCGACGGCGGAGUUUUAUCAGAAUUGCAUUUCUUCAGGCUCAUCGGAUUCUCAAUUGGGCUUUCAUUCAUAAAUUCCGCGGCUUGUGGAUUAUUCCAACUUGAAUAUGAGCAAUUCAUACCCUGAAGAUCACGAAGAAGUAACUGUUGCGGGAUUUGAAGUUCCGAAGUCUCCCGGUUCCAGUUAUAACAGCGUGUAUCCUUUAAAUGAAGAUGACGCUCGUGAUCCCCCCACUGUACCUCCGCAUUUGCAGCAUACCUUGCUCAAUUGUCCUGCUAGUAGAAGCAAUUCAGAGACUCUUCCACUGCCUCAUGACGUGAUUCUCAAUCAUCUUUAUAUUGAGAACCGAGAGGCUCCAAGAUCUGUGGUGGCAUUAGGACUUACUCAUCGCUUCCGAUCAAAAUAUGUUACUGUUGUGCUUUACAAACCAGUCCAAAGAGGCAGUACUACAAGCGUGUAAUUUCCAUAUGAAAAACUUUCUUCCUUUGAACAGUUCGCCAGGAUUCGGCUGAAAGAUCAGAUUUGUAUAGGAAAUUAUAUAUUUAUUGCUCGCACUCUAAUUUCUGUUAACUAUGCAUGUUCCUUUUAAUGUUA